UGUGCAGCCAUUCAGCCAUCUGACUGUUGGUGGUCAGAUCCAGAUCCGUGAUGGGCCUCUUCAUCGUCAGUAAACUGCUCCUGAUGACGCUUCUGUUCCAGCUGAGUGAGGAGAAUGAAGAGUGGAAGACAGGCACAACACCCGACCCUGACAAGUCUGUGCAUUUGCGUGAGUUCUGCCUCCGCGUGCCUGAUGGCUCUCACUGGACCCGACCGCCCGCAAAGUCAGCUGAGCCAACCAAACCUGCAGCCCCGCUGCUUGAGCAGCCAACCACAGAGCCGGAACCUACUUUCUGGGACUCAACCCAAGAGCCUGAUCUGACAGACAUCCAGGACACCCCGGACACCCCGGACACCAGGGACGCUGUGGUCCGAAGUGUGGUUGCUUCUGGUUUACGUGGUCUGAAAACAGCCAUCAGCGGGUGUCGCUGCAAAGAGAGAGAGAAGAAGCCUCUGACUGAAAUCUUGGGAUUCAGAAGCAUAAUGAUGUGGCUCCCCAGCGAAACAUGUGCAUCAACUGAAUACAUUGGGACGCUGACGACUGGCAUGGAGGUGUGUGGGAUUAUACCCAGCCUUUUGACAUUCGUCAAAGAGCAGCUGAAAAGCCAGUCUGUGCCUGCAGCGCCGCCAAGUAUCCACGAAGAGCCGGCAGUCACACCUCCCGCUCCGCUGGCCCCAACCACAGAGCUACCCACAACUACUGUCUCUCCAAGCCUUUCCGAAGUAACAGAAACAGAUUGGAUUUAUGAAUUUGAGGCAUCGGGAACUGAAACGGCUGACGAAUGCGAAUCCUGCAACUUCAUGACGAACUUGGACAAUGUUGACCCAAAGUCUGUACAAUCCCUGACUGUGAGGAUGCAAUCAUUUCCCUGCGCCGUCCAAAUUUUCCUGAAGGAUGGCACAGAUUUCUGUUUGGACUUAAACCAUCCGGAGUUCAAGACAGCGCUGAGGAAACUGGGAUUUUCCCCUCCCCUUGAACCUGACAUUGCCCGGACACCAAAACCCAUCACCAGUGGAUGUCGCUGCAAAGAGAGUGAGAAGAAACUUCCAGCUAAACUCUCCACAUUAACAAGCACAAGGGUUUGGCCCCCCAGUGAAACAUGCGCCUCAACUGAAUUCAUUGAAACACUCAUGGAUGGCAGGGAGGUGUGUGUUUUUACACCCAGCCUCUCAAUAUACCUUCAUCAUCUUCGUCCAUAA